ACCCUAGUUUAGUUAUCCUCCUUUUAGUUGAAACCGAACAAAUAAAAAAACCUACUCUCUUCUUCUAACGCUCUUCUCCGUCACCGUCGCAACACUUCCCUAACUCACCACCAUGUCGGACGAAGAGCAUCAAUUUGAAUCCAAGGCCGAUGCCGGUGCCUCCAAAACCUACCCCCAGCAGGCCGGUACCAUCCGUAAAAGUGGUCACAUCGUUAUCAAGAAUCGUCCCUGCAAAGUUGUGGAAGUUUCCACAUCUAAGACUGGAAAGCACGGUCACGCAAAGUGUCAUUUUGUUGCUAUUGAUAUUUUUACCGGCAAGAAACUUGAAGAUAUUGUGCCUUCUUCUCAUAAUUGUGAUGUUCCUCAUGUGAAUCGUACCGACUACCAGCUCAUUGAUAUCUCUGAGGAUGGAUUUGUGAGUCUGCUUACUGAAAAUGGCAACACUAAGGAUGAUCUCAAGCUUCCAACCGAUGACAGUCUGCUCACUCAGAUCAAGGAUGGAUUUGCGGAGGGAAAGGACCUUGUUGUGUCUGUGAUGUCUGCUAUGGGUGAGGAGCAGAUCUGUGCCUUGAAGGAUAUUGGUCCCAAGAACUAGAUUUCUGCUAUUUGUUGUUUCAUUUAAGGUUUUAUUUUGUUUUUGUUAAAAGAUUUCCUUAUAGAUUCUUGUCGGAUUAGUGGUGGUUAUCGUGUUUAUGGAUUUUGCUUGGUUUAUAUAUUUUUGCUAUGUUGUUUUCA